GAUGGCGGCGCUGGGCGGGGAUGGGCUGCGCCUACUGUCGGUAUCUCGGCCGGAGCGGCAGCCCGAGUCAGCGGCGCUGGGCGGUCCGGGUCCCGGGCUGUGCUGCUGGGUGUCCGUGUUCUCCUGCCUUAGCCUCGCCUGCUCCUACGUGGGCAGCCUCUACGUCUGGAAGAGCGAGCUGCCCAGGGACCACCCCGCUGUCAUCAAGCGGCGCUUCACCAGCGUCCUGGUGGUCUCCAGCCUCUCGCCCCUCUGCGUGCUGCUCUGGAGGGAACUCACCGGCAUCCAGCCAGGCACAUCCCUGCUCACCCUGAUGGGCUUCAGGCUGGAGGGCAUUUUUCCAGCAGCUCUGCUGCCUCUGCUGCUGACUAUGAUCCUUUUCCUGGGCCCACUGAUUCAGCUGUCUAUGGAUUGCCCAUGUGACCUAGAUGGGCUGAAGGUUGUCUUGGCUCCCCGCUCCUGGGCCCGCUGCCUCACAGACAUGCGUUGGCUUCGGAACCAAGUGAUCGCACCCUUGACAGAGGAGCUGGUGUUCCGGGCCUGCAUGCUGCCCAUGUUAGCGCCGUGCACAGGCCUGGGCCCUGCUGUGUUCACCUGCCCACUCUUCUUUGGAGUUGCCCAUUUUCACCACAUUAUUGAGCAGCUGCGUUUCCGCCAGAGCAGUGUGGGGAGCAUUUUCUUGUCUGCAGCGUUCCAGUUCUCCUACACAGCUGUCUUCGGUGCCUACACUGCUUUCCUCUUCAUCCGCACAGGACAUCUGAUUGGGCCGGUCCUCUGCCACUCCUUCUGCAAUUACAUGGGCUUUCCUGCCGUGUGUGCAGCCCUGGAGCACCCGCAGAGGCGGCCCCUGUUGGCAGGCUAUGCCCUGGGUGUGGGACUCUUCCUGCUUCUGCUCCAGCCCCUUACGGACCCCAAGCUCUAUGGCAGCCUUCCCCUUUGUGUACUUUUGGAGCGGGCAGGAGACUCAGAGGCUCUCCUGUGCUCCUGACCUUCACUCCUGUGUACACUCCAGUGAACUCUCAUGGGCUCUGCAGCCCCUUCCCCAUCAAGGAGUACUGCAGGGGAGGGGCUGGUUGGGGUCCCCGAGAUCUCAGGAAUUUUUGUAGGGGAUUGAAGCCAGAGCUAGUUGAAUCCCAGGGACCACGAGAAAGGAGCAGAUAUCCAAGGGUGCAGCCCCUUUUGAAGGGGGUUGAGGAGCAGCUGGAAGUAAGGGGACAAGGGGCAAAUCCUGGGGGUUGUGCACUCCCGUCCUCACUUUGAACUGCUGCUUCUCUUAGAGCUCCUCUGCCCCCCUCUGCCUCUGAAAAGCUGCUUGGGGGGGGUUAUUUAUAAGACCCCUCCCCCAAACUUCCCAGGGUUUUCUCAUUGUCUUUUUUGCAUCAGGACUUUGUAUUGGGUUAUUAAAGAGAUUUAACUUGGGUAACAUGGCCUUGGACCUUUGGGAAUCAGUCUGUUUGGGGUCUUGGGACAGGUCUCCAGGCAGCUCAUAGGAGCGUGUCCACCCAUCCUGGAUACCUUGAACACCUCUGACAGUUCAGCCCUACAGGUCAUUCCCUGGAGUAGGCUGGCUGCUGAGGCCAUGGUUUCUUUCUCCUGAGCCUUGGCCCAAAUCCUAGCACAGUUGGAUCUGAAACUGCAGGUGCCAUGUGGGACCCAGCUCAUCCUGGGGCCUAUACACUUGGCUACUAGUGUCAGGGAAUGAGACUCACGGCCCCAACUCAGCGAUGGGGCCUCUGCCUUGUCCUCUGAGAGGAUGGAGGACUGGCUGUGUGGCUUCCACAAGGGUCUCCAGGUUCUCCUAGCUUCCACUGACACAAGAGGAAGCAGGUCCAGAAUGGACCUCAAGUCUCAGGAAAGGGGGCUUUAAGUCUCCCAGGAAAGGGGGCUCCUGGUUCUCUCCACCUGGACUGCUACCACCAUGCCUCAUCUAGCCCUUGGAGGAACCCAGAGAAAAGGCUGCAACCCUUAAAAACCACAGGGACUCUGUCAAGCAAAAGCGUAACUUGAGGUUCUUUUUCAGAACCUACUUUAGUGUUCUGUCUGCUCCUCACCUCACUCUUAGAAUGGUUCUCAUUGCCCUGCCUGAAUCUUUGUUGGUUUUGUUUUUGAAGGAAUACUCUUUUAGGUCCCAUUCCAUAUUCAAGGAGGUUGUCCUGAGACCCUCUCCUCUGAGGCUGGUGGCUGAAGAAAAGGAAAUGGAUGUGCACUCAUUCCCCCAUGACAUCCCAGGGUGGCUGUGAUACGACAAAUUUACCUAGACCCUAAAGCGCAGCAUCAGUCAGACAUUUAACCUCCGCCCUCACCCUGUGUGUGUGGAGGGAGUGGGAGUGGCUGAUUUUAGGAGCUAAUGCAUUUGGGGUCCCAGGCCCAGUGUGACUUGUCCAGCAAUUAGGUCCCAGUACCCUGAGGACACUCGGCGGACAGGCUUGCAGGGGCUCUACUUCUUUGCCUGAGGCCCAGUGAGUCUGGGCUGUGCCCCUCCCCUUCUCACAGUCCAGUAUUUCCUCCACCAGCCCUUCCCCCGAUUCUGCUGAGGAACUGCUCAUCCGCCUCUGCCUGUCGUCUCACCGCCCUCACCCAUGCUGGUGUGUGGGAGAAUAGUGAUGCAGCCAGUUACUGUCACCCCUGCAGGUGAAGACACUGAGGCCCAGGAUUUGCUCAGUGGGAUGAACAGGGAGAACGUUUGACCCUCGCAAUCUAGCAUUUUUCCUAUCUUCUCACCCAACGUGUUGGCAGCAGUGUCUGCCCUAUCUAUUCCUAUCUAUUCCUGAGGGGCUCCUACUGCCCAAGUGUUACCUGUUUCCACUUAUUCCUGAACUAACCAGAGGCAGGAGGUUGGCUCUGGGACAUAGACAGUAAACUGCUGCUGUCUAAUCUCCCCAGGUGUGCAUGGUGGCACACACCUGUAAUACCAGCACUCAAGAGGCAGGAGAAUCCUGUGUUCCAGGUCAGCCUGGGCUACACAGCAAGACCCUGUCUCUAAACUAAAUCUAAAAAAUAUUUCUAUUUUUUUCUAAACCAGUGUGGCAUGGACAGCCAUGGAUUUAAGUCCCUCUCUGCCUCUCCCUAGGUGUGGAGGUUUGGACAAGACACCUAACCUUCCUGUGACUUGAUUUGUGUCAAGAUGGAUGAAAGUUGAUUCCCUGAGUUAUUAUCAGUUAAGUGCCUAAGCACUGAUCUACAGCUGGACCUGUCUGGGCUGUAUAUGUAACAGGCACUCAGUAGUGGCAUUAACCAGAGCUGUGACUGUCAUCUUUGCUACCCUCCAAGG